CUCAUCUUCUUUGAGUACAUUGUGACUCUCUCUGAAGAGGUUCACGUCAUCUGGGGAGCCAGAUUGACCGCCGUCACGGUUAUUUUUGCCCUGAACCGUUAUCUGCUCACGGUACAAGGCAUUAGUUUCAUAUUGAAUGCCUUCUGGUGGCAUACUCCACUGGUAAGUCAACUCGUGUCGUGCUUUUCCGCGUUCCGCGCAUAUGCUAUUAGCGAACAUCAGAUCGUCCCUGCAUUGAUAGUUCUGCUACUGGGGCUAGCGCCAGUCGGCGUCAACGCCGUGAUUGUUGCAUUGACACGCACAAUUCCUACAGUCGUUCUCAUCGCGCGCAUCGGCCCGGCUAUAUCCGACUUGAUCGUGGUCCUUAUCACUUGGUUCAAAACGUCCGGACUCGCCAUAGAAGCGCGGAGGUUGCGAUUGAGAGGAUCGAUCGCCACGGUGCUGAUGAGAGACGGUGAGUAUGUGGUUCUCUUGGUACAUGCAACGCCUUACAAGCGUCCUAUUUAA